AUGGCCUUUCGACAGCCUUCAACCGAUCUGGAGAGUUUAUCCACUCAUACUGAGAAAUAUGAAAUGAAUGCUCUGAACACACUCCUUUUCACAUCAUCUCGAACAAAGCUUCAGAAACUGAAUGAUUCUGACAGUCCCAAUCCCAAGCGACCGGCGCAGAGUCGUAAUUCGAGUUGGGACUUGUUUGGCGAUUUGGGGAAAAGCAUAGACGAAUUUGAUCCGAGGAAUGGGAGUCAACCCAAUUUUCAAUUUGCCGAAGGCGACUUACCCGAGGGAAAAAUAACAAAAAUCUACACAUUCUUGCUGAAUUCUUCUAUUAUAUCACGAUGGAUUAUCUUUAUUAUUCCGGUGAUGGCCCUUCUUUGGAUCCCUGGUAUCUUGUCCGUAACGUCAGCCCCUACGGCCACGAUAUGGCACGUCAGGCUACUGUGGUGGUCCGUGUGGCUCAGCGUUAUAUGGGGAGGUUGGUGGGCCGCUUUGGCAUUUGCAAUGGUGCUCCCCCAUUUCCUGAGAGGCACGUUUGGGGUUGUUGCGGUCAGUUUACACAAGUACAUAGACUGGCUGAAUGCAUUGCAUCGUCCUGUUGCUUUUGUAGCCUGGUCGAUCGCUAUCUUCGUCACGUAUAAUCCGAUUAUUUAUGUCAAAUUCACGCUCGAAAACACACAGAGUUAUCCUUCGAGCAAAAACGCGCUGGUGCUGAUUGGACGCUUGGUUUUCGGGCUCGUGCUUAGCUCUGUUAGUUUGCUCGCCGAGAAGUUCUGUAUUCAGUUGAUCGCAUACAAGUUUCAUCAGCGGAGUUACUCGGACCGUAUCGCGCGCGCGAAGGCUCAGGUCGAAUGCCUGGUCAUUUUAUACAGGCACUCGAAAAAUGUCGACCGUUUGGACACAUUGCAGAAUACGCAAUCCUCAAGGGGCGCUUCAGUCGCUGUUAGUCCUGCUAAACUAUUGAAGAGUGCUCUCAAAGGUGUUAGACGCACUGCUGAAACAACCACCACUGCCUUCGGUAACAUGGCGAGUGAAAUCGCUGGCACAUCAGUUUUGCAGCCCAAUUCACCCGCAGCUAUGGUUGCUGGUGCUCUGCAAAGUGUAAACAGAUCUCGGAUGCUCGCCCGACGACUGUAUUAUUCGUUCCUUUCCGAGGGGGCGGAUCGCUUGGUGUUGGGGGAUAUCUCCAGGUUCUUCCCUAGCCGUGAAAUGGCUACCUUUGCGUUCGAGAUUUUUGACCGAGACGAAAAUGGAGACGCGACCCGGGAUGAGGUCGAAGCCACCAUCCUCGAAAUUCAUCAAGAGCGACUUUCCUUGGCCAACUCUAUGAAGGAUGUCGACUCGGCAACCGGGAGAUUGGACAAUAUUUUCAUGACCUUUUACGUCCUCCUAGUGCUGUUAAUUUUCGCCAUUAUGCUCGAUGCAUCCAUCUCAUCUCUCAUUACCGGAGCUGGCUCUGUCAUUCUCGGUCUUUCAUGGCUUAUCGGGAGCUCUGCACAGGAAGUGCUUGCUAGUAUCAUUUUCCUCUUCAUGAAGCAUCCUUUUGAUAUUGGUGACAAUAUCGAGAUCGAUAAAGAAGCAUUCACUGUGAAAGAGAUGCGUCUGCUCAGCACUAUCCUUGUUGAUUCGAGGGGGUGCGAUGUCCAGUGUCCUAACACUGUCCUUAAUACGAAGUACAUCCUGAACAAGCGUCGCUCGGGCCCUAUGUCUGAGGCAUUCGAGUUCAAUGUGGAUUUUUCGACUAGCUUCGAGCAGAUCGAGGACUUGCGGUCUCGGAUGCUAACGUUCGUCAAGGUUGAACGACGAGACUAUCUGCCGGUGUUUGAUGUGUACGUCAUCGACAUUCCGGAGCAGGCGAGCAUGAAGCUGAAGGCUGAAAUCAAAUAUAAGUCGAACUGGCAAUUGGGCGCCCUUAAAGUACAACGGCGCAACAAGUGGAUCUGUGCCCUGAAAAAUGCGCUUAAAGCAAGCAAAAUUUACGGUCCAACGGGUGAUCCGGACGCUGUUGCUCCACCAAAAGAGGUCACCCUCGUGCCUUACCACGAGCCAGGUGUCGCAAAGGCCCCAGGAUUCCCUGAACCAUUCGCUUCUUCGGCACCUGGCAUCGGCCGGACAGACUUUCAGUUCACCGACAAGAAUUCUGCAAUUCUUCCCGGAGCUACCAAUGUUUUUGGUGAGGAAGGGGAGCUGAGGAUCCCAGUCCCUCGCGAAGGGGUACGUGACGGAAGAAGCAGCCCGUUCACUGGUGGUUCCCCUACAGCGGAGCCAUCUGCCAUGCGCGGCAGAAAUGUUGGUGGUGGCGCUUAAGCCUGGUGCUUGCGCCUGAAUUGUCGAUUAUCCACGGCAGCAUUCAAAAUGUGAUGAUAAUGCAUUCCGUGUUAAUACUUGAAUACUAGAAUGGCUGCUGCGCUGCCCUGACGUUCCUUGCGACCAUGCAAUUCCCAUCCCAUCGCAUCAUGGUUGGAUAUUUAUUUUGUGGUAGUUACUAGAGCUUCGUGUCAGUGAAUUAUGUAUUUAGCAAUGCAGCUAGAUUGUG